CAACUGCCUACGUUUAAUUAUUACUUUUUAAAUGACAAUAUAAAGAAUGAUUACUUUGGUCUGCUAUACGCAUACGAGUUUUUCUCUAUUUACGGAAUCAUGAUGUACGAUGUCACCACUGACGCUUUCAUAAAUGGUAUAUUAUUUUUUGCAAUAACACAAAUGAAAAUACUAAACCAUCAAUUUAGAAAUCUGAAAACAGAAAUGAAUUCAAAACUGUCGAGAGACGCCCAAGAAAGAAUACACGUUAUGAAACUAAAAGAAUGCUUGAGGCAUUACGACAACAUUUUGACAUACUGUAGCGAUGUACAAAGUAUAAUCAACUUAAUUAUGUUCGUGAAAUUUGGACUAGGGUCUAUGCUUAUUUGUGUGCUGUUGUGUGGACUCCUUUUGCCUCAAACAAUGGAAUCUAUUAUGUUUAUGCUUUUCUAUUCAAGUGCUAUGAUUUUACAAAUUUUCGUUCCUUGUUGGCUAGGAACGCAGCUCACUUAUCAGAGUCAAGAGUUAGUGUUCGCGGCAUACAAUAGCGAUUGGAUCCCUAGGACUGAACCGUUUAAAAGGAGUGUCAAGGUUUUUAUGGAGCGCGCUAAAACUCCUAUUGUAAUGAUCGGCUUAAAGUUGUUUCCACUGUCCCUUGAAACCUUCACUUCUAUAAUGAAAUCCGCGUAUUCAUUCUUCGCGUUGCUACGGUAUAUGCAAACAAGAGAAUCUUAA